AUGAUCCUUAGCAAUGGUCGUCCCGCGUCAAGCGAGAACCCAAACCUUUCCCUCGAUGGCCCCGGCCCUGAACAGAUCUCCCCGCCCGUGUCCAACGCCCGUCCACCGCCCGCUGCGCCAAUACACACAAGGGAUGUAUCAAGAGGAAGACCCCAGCAGUCCGUGACACAGACAUACGGCGGCGCCAACUACGCGCCAUCAUCACGCACGGGCUCGGUGCAGCCACUUGGAACAGACGGCGCUGUUAGCUCAAGAGGUGGUUCCUCGGUUGACACAGGUCUGCAAAGGCGAACGUCGAACAAUUAUGGCCACCACCGACAAACCUCUGUGAUACACGGGCUUCAGCAUUCAAGAAAUCCGAGCUUCAACUCGCCCACCACGGGCAGUCCUCUGUCGCCCGAAUCCUUGCUCAGCGCCCCCAACAAUGCGAGAUAUCCGAAUCAAACUCGACGAGGCCAGUAUUCUGCAGGUGAAAUCUCCUCCAAUUUCACCAGUCCCGUGUCGGCAUUUCAGGGACAUGCACAAGGCCAUUCCAUUGACUCAAUGAUAGACGGACCUGUCACACCACAAGAGCCUACUACUUCGCAGCCCAGGAGGCGCAAAGAGCACUCGAGAACAAGACGCGGACAUGCCUAUCAUUCAUCAAGUCUUCAUCAAGAACCACGGACACCGGGGGAAUAUGCUCUAUACCAUCUGUUCCACUGCUUCGUCUUGCGAGCUGAUCAGAGAAUCAACCACUGUCUAUCCCUGUUGGACACCGCUUCGGCGCCAGUAGAGCAGGCUUGCGGCCCAGGGGUGGAUCCGGGGUUUGACCAGUUGAUAUCGUCGCUGGGUCAUAUCUCCCGUCAGAGUCCGAAGCCUCUUGUGGACAGUUUGAUGCUCUGGCGGAAAGGAAAGGGUGAUACCGCUGCCAGCCUGAAAAAGCAGGUGUACCAACAGAGACUUCAGCAAGGCCUCGCUUCACCCGCUUCACAGCCACCCUCAUUAGGUAGGCGGCAUACGGAGCCACUUCAAGUCCCAGGAGAGCCAGAACUGUCUUCGAUCGGCCCUGAAGGUCUGCCCGAGGAUAGCCUGACACAAGAGUAUCUCUUGGCAGAUCGGAGAGCCACAAUUUCCGUCUACAUACUGUGUCGGGUGUUGAUCGCUAUUUUCGAACAAAGCAAUCUCGAAUCGAUCACCCCAGAUUUGGCCUACAAACUCGAAGACAUUGUCUUCACUCAGAUCAGGGAAGUGGAGCCGCCACAGAUACUCUCGUCCAGCAUUCGAUUGGCGAAUUGGCGAAUCUAUGGCCAGGUCUUGGGUCAUAUGAGCCGCCUCGACUUCAUCAAUGUGUCCUUUCGCUUUACGCAGCAGCUUGAUAUAUGGCAACAGGAGUUCGCAAAAAGUAAUCAAACGACAACCGCCAGGGAAUAUGAGUUUCGGCUUGAAUUGCUAUUGCUAAGCAUGCGACAUCUUCACAUAGCUGCGACUAGAGAGGCUGCGCCGACGGUAUGUGACUUCUUGAGGAAUCUCGCAAGUCUGUUCUCGGACGCACAUGGACCUCAGGUCAAGCAAGCGUACUGUCAGUUAUUUGAGCGCUUAUUGACCGUCGUAGCGAGUCAUCCGGAGUGCUUUCAGGCUGUUCCAAAGUGGAUCAACUUUAUUGAGAUCAUCAACGCCCGGCUGUCGAACAUGAUUCUCAAAGUGCGUCAUUGGGCCAUCGGUUAUCCUCUUUCAAUUGUGCUGCUUUGCGUCUCCCCGUUAGAGGCGUUUGCUACGCAAUGGCUUCCAAUGGUCAUGGGUAUGGCGAACAAAUUGAAGGACAGGGUUACGCGUGGGCCUGCUCUACAAGCCAUCUGUCAGUUGACCUGGACAUAUCUCACUCGGGUGAGUGAGCCUGCCCAAUUGAGAGUCCGCCGUUUGGACGAGGUCAUCAAGAUGGUCUUUCCGCAAGGACGAAAGACACAUAUUGGCUCAGAGCUACCUGUGUCAACUCCUUUGGUACAGCUCAUUCGGAUUCUUGGCUAUGCAGCUCAAGAUAUAUGUUUCAGGUCAAUCAUUUUCCCAAUGGUCCAUUAUGACAUGUUCCAAUCAAGCCGGACGCUCAAGAUCGAAAACAUGGAGCCGGAAAGAAUGGUGGUCGGUAUUCGAGGCUUCCUUGCGAUCAUGUCUGAUCUGGAGAGGGAUGAACAGGUGUCGCCUCCAUUUCCCAUCUUCAACAUUCAAUCGCCGGCCUUUGAUGGUCUCCCGUCAUCGCCAGAGAGCAUGAUCAAGUCCAAUGUGGACCUCAGUUCGCCGAAGAGGUCGACCUUCGAAGACGAAACUCCUUCAUCUUUACCAGUCAAUAUUGCCAAGCUCGAUGAAAAUGCUAGGCAAUACUAUUUACAAUUCUGUCAGAUCUUGGGAAAGAUUACCAUUUUAUGUGACAACACAUUUGGCGGGCAGGCCACCCUGAAUGAGAAAUUCUCUUCGACGACUAGUCUGACCCCCAAGACACCCUUGGUUGACGCCUUCACUCUGAACCGUAAUCAGGAUGGAUCCACUGCCGACCAGAGACAAUCUUACUAUGAGCUGCUGCAUGUGGCUAUUCAAGCUUUACCGCGCUGCUUUACUGAUCACAUACCCUUGAGUCCACUGAUCAACCUUCUAUGUACCGGAUCUGCUCAUGUCCAGGCAAACAUCGCGGCCUCUGCCACUCAAUCCCUCAAGGCAAUUGCACGCCAAGGGCAUGCUCAGGCCGUUGCCAUCGCCUUUCCACGGUUCAUAUUUCACUACGACACCCAGUAUUCGACGAUGUCAGACGAAGGGCGCCUGGGACCAGCGCAUAUCGAGUCCACUCUGACUCUGUACUUGGAACUGCUCCAGAUAUGGACAGAACAGCUCAAGCAAAAAACCGUGGCUAAUUCGGUGGAUGCAAGAGAGCGCGGAGGUCUGAGCUCGAACCGGGCGCUGCAGAUGGAGCUCACCAAUGUCAUUCCUCUCGUCGAUGAGAUCGAGGCUUACGGGUUGUUCUUUCUCUGUUCACAGUCACGCCGAGUCCGAGCGUUUGCCAUCAAAGUAUUGCGUCUCGUCCUCCAAUUUGACAAGGUUCUCGGUCAAGACGAGCCAUCGAGGAUCAUCAAACUCCUGGAGACCCAGUCGUCGAGAAUUCUCGACUUGCAAGAUGACGCUCUCAAUGUCGCAGAACGGAGCCGACUGCAAAAGGACAAGCGCGUUAAUUCUGAUCAGAGCACUUUGAUCGAGAUUUGUAGCUCCGAAGUGUCCUACGAUUCAACCCUGUGGUUCAAGGCGUUCCCUAAUCUCAUCAGGGUGGUCUUUGAAGCUUGUCCAAACGCGAUCGCACUUUGUCGGGGAACGAUUACCGACAGGUUGAUGCUCAUGCAAAACGACAUUGAGAGUUUCAAGGAGACCAGCACAGGAAAUCCUGCUCUCUAUGAAUUUCGCAUGCAGGGCCGCAGCUCUGCAACCUCCGCAGAGGUUCUGUUCGACCAGUGGAAACUUUAUCUCAUCAUGGCGUGUGUCACACUCAGUUCUCCAGGUGGUCAGUCACAGAGCCAGCUGGCUGACGCUGCCCACGCCCGAAAGACCUCCAAGGGAGCUACUCAGACUCAGGACAAAAUGAGCUCCGCGCGGGCUUUGUUUUCUGCCAUCAUACCCAUGCUGGGAGCUGCGCCAGACGCCAUUCGCGAUGCCGUGGUGACCGCCCUAGGCUCUAUCAAUCGUAAACUCUGUCGGACUCUUCUCGAGUCUUUGCAGUACGCUGUCAUCACGUGCAAUGACGAGGCAAAGGCAAGGAUCAACCAUCAGAGAACUCCCAGCAGCCCCCAGAGAUCCCAGAAAACUGAGCGUCUACGGACCGAGGUCACCCAUGUUUACAAGCUUACCGCAGCAUUCCUUCGUCACGAGGAUACCUUCACGGACGAAUGGAUUCUGCAUAAUCUAGUCAACUAUACUCGUGAUCUCCGCAUUUUCCUCAGCGAUACAGAUGUGCAGAAUGAUUGGCGAUUCCAAAAACUGAGAUACCACUUCUGUGGCCUCGUCGAAGAAGUGUUCGAGGGUGUGAACAGAUCCAAAACACCCAGUCGCUGGAUGCCCUUUGAAGCACGAAAGUCAGCUUUUGCCCUCAUGGAGGAUUGGUGUGGCUACUCGGCUGAACACAAUUUGUUCGACCCCAAUCACAACCAUGGAAGGGAUUUUCAAGACCGCAUGAACGCCAAUGCCGCAUCAGAGAAGGAAAAGAAUAAUCUGAGAGUGGCUGCUCUUAGUGCGAUGGCGACUCUUUGUGCUGGACCCAUCAGCAUUGUGACGGACAGUAAUGCCGUCCUAUCGUUCAAUGUGCAACGUAUGCUCUCCUGGGUCGAUGGUAUCUUCGCGACGAGCAACCACAAAAUGCACACUAUUGGCAGAAGAGCGUUGAAGAUGCUGCUGAUGAACAACCCGGACCAACUUGUACUUGCCGAGCAUGCUGUCGAACUAUGCUAUAGGACUGAGUCUUCGAUAGCCUUGGAAAGUUAUUUUGGGGUAGUCUGUGAGGUACUUAUUCAGCAACCGGACUAUCCUCUCCCUUACUGGAAAAUUCUGAGCCUUAUCGUCUUCACAUUGGGAAACGAGAACCGGGAGAUUCGGAUGAAGUCAGCUCAUCUCAUUCGGACGCUCGAUGAACGUCUGCAGAAAAGCUCGAAUCUUCAGGAAUUUGACAUCAGCAUUGCCGAUAAGACUCGUGCUGUCUACAAGUUGGCCCAGUUCGAAUACUCGAAACGACUGGCAAAGGCGAACUCAGAUAUCGCUUUCAUGAUCUUCUCCGAGUUUUCAUUGCACUACAAGUCCGCACGGAACGACCAUCAGCGAAACAUGGUAGUUGCAAUUUUGCCUUGGCUUCAGACACUGGAGCUGCAAGUUGACCCGGGGACAAACGGCCCAACUGCUGUUUCGUACAUGCUUCUGGCAAAUAUGUUCGAGAUCACGAUUUGCUCCAUCGGUGCAAUGCACAAUGAGGUCCAGGCUCUGUGGCAAGCUCUUGCAACAGGUCCCCAUGCGGGAAAUGUCCAGCUCAUCCUCGACUUCAUCAUAUAUCUUUCGCUCGAUCGACGGGAUCAAAAUUUCGUCGAAUAUGCCAAGCAAAUCGUGGUCUACCUAUCUUCUACUCCUGCAGGGUCGAGAGUGCUUGAGUUCUUCAUGUUGCAGCUUACCCCGAAGAACAUGGUUAAUGACAGAAAGCAUGCUGACGUCGUGAUGCCUGAUACCCGCCACCUACCGUAUGUUGCAGACUUGAAUUCUCUGCUUCCUAUGGGCAACAAACAGGUUGGUCUUUCGAUGGGCCAGGUGUCUCUCAUUUUCUUGGUCGAUCUGAUGGUCACUCCAGUGACCCUGGCCAAGGACGAAGCGAUCAAGCUAAUACAUACGGUACUCAUCCUAUGGGACCAUUACACUACUUCAGUUCAGGAACAAGCUCGAGAGAUGCUAGUCCAUUUAAUUCAUGAAUUAGUCACGACGAAAAUCGAACCUCAGGCCCUAGCUUCUGCAAAAUCACAAAUCGAAUCCUUGGUCGAGUCAGUGCGCACGAAUGAUCCCCGAGUAAGCUGGUCUUAUGAAAAGAACACGAGAAAGGAUGAAGAUGAUGGGGCCAGCAGAGUUCCACCGGCGAUGUCGACGCUGACUGCAGAAAUUGUUGGCAUCUUCGAUCUUGCUUUCGAAAACUUUAGCGACACUUGGGCGAAGGAGGCUUUGCAUUGGGCGUCUAUUUGCCCGGUGCGUCAUCUAGCCUGCCGGUCCUUCCAAGUCUUCCGAUGCAUAUCUGUCAGUCUUGAUGCCAGAAUGCUGGCCGACAUGCUGGCUCGAUUGUCCAAUACUAUUGCAGAUGAACAAACGGAUUAUCAGACCUUUUCCAUGGAGAUUUUGACCACGCUGAAAGUUGUCAUUGGAGCAUUGGAACCCAAGAAUCUAAUGCGGUACCAGCAAUUGUUUUGGACGACCUGUGCUUGUUUAAGUACCAUUCACGAGAGAGAGUUUUAUGAGACACUGGGUAUGCUCGAAAAGUUCAUCGAAAAGCUCGACCUCUCAGCUCCCGAAGUGACUGAAGCUUUGUUGAAAGGGCAACCUGGGAAAUGGGAAGGGGGCUUCGAAGGCGUGCAGCCCCUGCUCUACAAAGGUCUCAAGUCUGCCGAUAGCUUGGACAAGACACUUUCGGUUCUCCAUGCGCUGGCCCUCCUUCCCGAUUGUGAUCUAGUGGGGCACGAUGAUCGUCUUCUGUACAAUGUCCUGGCAAAUCUGCCACGAUUCCUGCAGAGCUUCGAAGUCGAUACCGGUGACUCUGUCUCAUUGGCGGUGGCUCAGAGACUUGGGGAAGUUGCAGCUACUGAGGGCCACGAAUCUCUAUCAGUCUGUCUAAGACGAUUCGCCAGCAAAGAAAUAACCACAAGUCGGGAAAUGCUGUCAUCUGUCAUACAAGCGUUGAGGAUGGCAUUCUUCCCAGCCCGGGAUGCCCAAAGCUUGAUCUUCUUGAUUGGCCUGCUCACGAACAAGACUCCGUGGUUCAGAGUGAAGCUUAUGGACAUUCUAUGUGAAUUAAUUCCCCUUGUCAACAUGAAAAACGUAGCCAUCACCAGUCACGGACCCGAUCUCAUUUCACCACUAUUGCGGCUACUGCAGACCGAGCAUUGUAGCCAGGCAUUGGAGGUCAUGGACUACAUUAUGGAAGUGGCGACCACGCCAAUGGAAAAGCAUCAUAUGCGUAUGAGCAUGGCAUUUGGUUCGGCAAAGGCAAUUCGGAAGGAAUAUGAACGCACCCAAAGUCUGUAUGGGAUUCCCCUGCCAUCCGGAUGGUCCAUCCCUAUGCCAGCCAUCUACUCGAGCAUGACACGCCGCAACGUGCAUGCCGUUUUCUACACAUGUGGAGACUCUGAAUCCUUGAAAGAUCAAGAGACCGCUACCCCUGAUGUCGAGUUUCAAGGCGACGACGGCUACAACGAGUCCUACUUUCCACCACAGAGCAGGGCAGAAACCAUGCGAUCAAUGGAGACGGCGGCCGAUACCAAUGUCAGCGAUCUUAUGAACACGCUGGAUAGCCUCGAUGACUUUUUUGACGAUAUUGAAGAAAGCGUACUCACGCCAACAGGUUCAAAUCAACUUGGGGGUUCGACAAUGACCAUGCCUACUUUGACAGAGCACAGCACUACUCUGUAUGAUGAGCAAACGGCUCCUAUCUUACGCCAAAGCCUUGCACGAACUUCAUCUCUGGUCAACGUGCCCGAUGGCAUCACAGAACCCGGACCCCUUCCCGGUAUGGGACACCGUAUGCAGCCAAGUUAUUCGUCGGCUAGUCACAGCGGCACAGCACAGACUUCUUUCUCUUCAAUUGAUGAGCUUGGAGGACCAGGACCUUCGCUACCAACGUCGAGCAAGAAGCCGGUCCUGCAGACAUCAAUCAGCCCGAUCGGCCACUCCAGACCUGGCUUGCACGCGAGAUCUAUCACAUCGCCGGCCAACCAGUUUCCAAUGUCUCAGCCUUCCUCGAGUGCCUUUUCACCGAUGCCUACGGGUUCAUUUAGGUCUCAGGACGAUUAUGCAGAUCAAUAUGACGAAGCUGUACUGUCAGAUGGCGAAAACAGCCCAUUUCCAUCAUUGAACGCUGGUGUAGCAGGCAUGGUGAAGGGCGUCUCCGGUUCAGGAGCUUCAGAAUAUCAGACCACGCCGACUUCUGCGACUGAGACAGCAGGCGCGUUCAGUCUACAAGGCAUGAGACGUGGUAUGCGGCGUCUCACAGGUGGAAAGAGUGAAAGUCAAAAGGAGAAGGAGAAAGCCAGAGAUGUCACCCGUCUACGCGGACAAUCGGGAGGACAGAAUCUCCUACCCGGAACCAUCCAGAGCCCGAGAGUCCCCAAAGUGCCAUUGGAAUACCUCAACGUCAGCAACGUUAGCGGCAUCAGUCCAACUGCUAGCCCAGUUCUAUGA